CUGACUCGGCGCUGCGAUUGGGUGGGGCGGUUGUCAUGGCAGCCGGAGGGGGCGGGGCCGGGGGAAGAUGGCGGCGCUGGCCCCGGAGCUGCUGCUGCUCCACGACUCGGGCCGGUUCCUGGCCGACAACCUGCUGAGCAGCGAGGACUGGGAUGCGGCUCUCUACAGCUGCCUGGACGAUGGGGAGGAGCCCGCCGCCCUCUUCCCCUGCCUUGAGCCCAGUGCAUUGUUUGACGACGGUUUCGACCUGGGCAUGGACACCAGCCCGCCAGAGCCGCCGUGGGACCAGAUGCCAACCAGCCUCUUCCCGGACCUCCAGGUGAAGUCUGAGCCCGUGUCCCCCGCUUCCUCCCACAGUUCAGACUCCUCCAUCCUCUCCAUGACCCCCGACCCCACGAGACAGGCCGCAAGCCCAGACGACGUGAUGGGAGUGAAAGCCGAGCACCCUCCGACCCCACCCUGCAUGUUUGGGGAUGUCCUGGCCCCCCCAGUUGGCACCGUCCAGAUCAACCUUCUGCCAGCGCCGGAGACACAGACAACGCCAGGGAAGCCAGUGACUCCCAUCAAGGCUGAGUCGAUCCUGAGCCGGAAGCCACCCAUCCAGCCAAAGCCGGUGGUGGUGGCCACCGUCCCGGUGCAGCCCGCGGCCACCCCCAGCUCCACCAUCCUACUGCAGACGGUGCCGGGGGCCCAGCCGCAGCCCCUCAAGCCAGCCAUCACAGUCCCAGCACCGUCUGUCGUCAUCUCCCAGAGCGACCUCCUGCACCUCCCGCUCUCGGGGCUCCUCAAGGUGCAGCCCCCGGGGAAGGAGGGCCCCCCGGCCAGGCUCCCCCCCAGCGCCCCCAAACCCGAGGCCAAAACCAUCGUCCCGGCCCCGAGCCAGCUCGGACCCUGCAACCCAGAGAUUGACGUGAAGGUGCUGAAGCGGCAGCAGCGGAUGAUCAAGAACCGGGAGUCGGCCUGCCAGUCGCGCCGGAAGAAGAAAGAGUACCUGCAGGGGCUGGAGUGCCGCCUGCGGGAGGCGCUGGCUGAGAACGAGCGGCUACGGCGGGAGAACACCCUGCUGCGGCGCCGGCUGGACUGCGUCCUGGGCGAGAGCAGGGAGCUGAAGUUCAGCCCUGGGAACCGGAAGGUCGUUUGCGUCAUGGUCGUGCUGCUCUUCAUCGCCUUCAACUUUGGGCCCGUCAGCAUCAGCGAGCAGAAGGCCGUGGAGACGGCGCCGCCCAGGCAAGGGGCGGGGGCCGGGCAGAGCCGCCGGCACCUGCUGGGUGUGAUGGAGCAGCCGCCGAAGGAAGAGCCGAGGGAGCUGCGGGAGGAGCUGGCCCCCACCAGCGUGGGCAAGACCAGGUUCAGGAACCUCACGGCCGCCCUCUCCGGCAUGAAGGACCUGAUGCUGCGGGACCUGGACAAGCUGUUCCUGGCGUCCGACUGUCGCCACUUCAACCGCACGGAGUCGCUCCGGCUGGCGGACGAGCUCAGCGGCUGGGUGCGUCGGCACCAGAUCAACCGCAGGAAGCCCCUGCAGUCCCGCAAGCCACGCGCCAAUCAGGAGUCGCCCCCGAGGAAGGUGCCCAGCCCAUCGCGAUACGUCCCAGCUAGCCCCCCCGAACGCCCAGAGAGGGACUCGCUGAGCGAGCUGCAGGUCUACCAGCGCCCCGACCGCACGGAGCACCACUUCAUGGACGCCAUCGACCGGCGGGAGGACACGUUCUACGUGGUCUCCUUCCGUAGGGUGAGCUGGGGGGCUGUGCCGUGGGGGCUCCCCCCGGGCAAGAGCCUGUACAACGCGUCGCGGGGCUUCGAGGUGAUGAUGCAGAUCGACUGCGAGGUGAUGGACACACGGGUGAUUCACAUCAAGAGCUCCACGGUGCCGCCCUUCCUGCGCCGCCCUCCGGCGCCCGACAACCGCACCCAGGCGCCCUCAGUGCAGCCCCGCCCGGGCCGAGGUCCCCUGCGCUCUGCCCGGCGCCCCCGCACCUUCUACCUCGGGGAGCAGGGCGAGGGCUAG